CAGCUGUUGAGGUGGAUUCAAAGGUGAUGUUCCCGCCUCUAGGCGGCUCCUCCAGCAGUGCUUCCUCGGAAGCGGGCAAAGGAGCGAAGGAUGAUCUUAAGGCAACACGUAAUCCAUCUCCAUUGAUCUUGGGAUCUUGCUCUAUUAAGGGAGAAGCAAGGUGGCCGCCAGGAUAACUUUCAAGAUGGAUUACGGGAAGCUGCUCUAAUAAUCCUUCUAGCGGAAAAACUGAUGUCAAGACAGGAGGAGCAAAGGACAAUAAAGAAAAAGACGAUACAACGCCAGCAUGGGGACCGAAAAAAAGCAAGAACAACCUCCACCAGGUAGCUGCAACUAAUGUGACUAC